GUGCAAAGGAAAUACUUAUAAGAAACAUAUACAAAAUCUGACUAAUAACCGGACUAGAUAAAUUUGUUUGUACUGUUUAAAAAUGGACCUUUUAGCCACCGAUGGCGCCAGCUGCAAUGAUCAAACCACCAGUUCCCAUUACAUAAAGACAUCGAAUCAAAACCUUAUCCCGGGCAUCGGACCAGGAAAUGCGCUGCCUAUAGCCACUAUACCCAGCAUCGCAAGCUUUAUCAAACUAUGCGACAAGCCGGUCUGCGAUGACGCAGACAUACAAUGUAUUGUGGACCUGGUCAAUGGAACAAUCUGUGAAGCACUGGCCAUAAUCAAGUCCGAUCCACGCGGUCUCUUUUGUUACAAGUUCCCAAAAAAGGUGAAAAUGUCCUCCGUCAGUUUGGUCUCUUCGGCAUACACCGACACCAUGGUGGCCAAUGUAGAGUCGGAUACCUCAAUAACUAAUCAUUUUACGGGUAACCUCGGCACUGCGGUGGAUUCCGUGUCCAGUGGCUUGGCGCGCAAGAUCUUGACCAUCGGGGAUUUUGAUUACUCCAAUGCCAUCGCCGACAUAAGAGACUUUGUCAGCCGCUGGGAGCUGUCACCGGACACUAAGUGCGUGGUGAUCAGCAAUCCAAUUCGCCACGAGGUACCUAUUAAGGGAACGAUUCUAUUUGUGGAUGCCCAUUUUUCCAGGCCAACACCCCGGUGUCCAAACCCUUUAGCCGUAGCUAAGGUGCGAUUCAUCAUUACCGUGUCCAAGCUUUUACUGAAACACUAUCCGGUGAUGAUCACCUAUCGUUUUGAGGGCUACAACACGCUCUAUUACGGCUUGGGCGACCGCUGCCUCAACUCAUUCACCUUUCAGCGCUUCUACAUCGAUACAAUCCUCCAUGUCAAGCUAACAUUCUUCGCUGCGAUCUCAGAGUGCCGUCACGGCACCAUCGAAAACCCUAAGCAUAAUAUCAAGACAAAAAAACCGAAAAAGGCGACCAAUUGAUUUACCAUUGUCAUUAUAAAUCCAUUACUUUGUUGUCUUUAAAUUUCCCCCAAAUAU